AAUAAUUUUGAAGGUGGAAACCCCCCAAAAUAUCCCCAAGAUUUAAAAUCCAGUGCCUACUGGCCAGCAAGCGAGCAAAGCAAAGCAAGAAAAAUGGGAGCACUGUCAUCUCUCCACCACCUCUCAACUUCCCUUUCCCUCCUUACCAGACCAUCCCUUUCUCUCCCUCCUUUCCUCCGCCCAAUCCGCGCCCUCCCUCCCAUCACCUCCUCCUCCUCUUUACAGUUCAACAUCACAUUUGCUCCUCCGAACCCCAAACUCAAACCCAGAACCCCUCCAAACCUCAAGAACGACGUUGUUCUCGACGACUCCGAAUCCCCUCCCCUUCCUUCCAAUGGCCAGCUAUUCAUCCCCUGGAUCGUCCGCGGCGAGGACGGCAACCUCAAACUCCAAGCUCACCCCCCUGCGCGCCUUAUCCACGCGCUUGCUGAUGCUAAAACGCAGAAGCCCAAAAAGAAGGUUGACAAGGCGGUGAAGAAAAAAAAGGAGAUUUCAGCUGUUGGAAAUGCAAGUGUUGAGCCGCCUAAGCUUUCCAAGGCGGCUAGAAGGUUUUAUAAUGAAAAUUUUACAGAGCCUCCUCAAAGGUUAAGUAAAGUCCUUGCUGCUGCUGGAGUGGCAUCAAGGCGUGGAAGUGAGGAGCUUAUUUUUGAUGGCAAGGUGACUGUUAAUGGUUCUGUGUGCAAUGCUCCUCAGACUCGAGUUGAUCCUGCAAAGGAUAUUAUUUAUGUCAACGGGAGCCGACUUCCUAAAAAACUACCACCUAAGGUGUAUCUUGCCCUAAACAAGCCCAAAGGGUAUAUUUGCUCAUCUGGGGAGAAAGAGUUCAAAUCUGUCCUGGAUCUAUUUGAGGAUUAUUUAAAGAGAUGGGACAAAAUGAAUCGAGGUUCUCCCAAGCCACGAUUAUUCACUGUUGGCCGACUUGAUGUUGCUACAACUGGCUUGAUUAUUGUGACCAAUGAUGGAGAUUUUGCUCAAAAGUUGUCACAUCCUUCAUCCAACUUAAAUAAGGAAUACAUUGCGACAAUUGAUGGUGAAGUAAAGAAGCGGCACUUAAUUGCCAUCAGUGAAGGGACAGAAAUUGAAGGCAUUCAUUGCAUCCCAGAUUCUGUGGAAUUACUUCCGCGGCAGCCAGAUUUGUCAAGACCUCGUCUUCGUAUUGUGGUUCAUGAAGGGAGGAAUCAUGAAGUUCGUGAACUCGUGAAAAAUGCUGGACUUGAGAUUCAUUCGUUGAAGCGUGUACGCAUAGGUGGUUUCAGACUUCCAGCAGAUCUAGGGCUAGGGAAGCAUGUCGAGCUAAAACAGAGUGACCUUCGUGCAAUGGGUUGGAAGAGUUAGUGAAGUCACUGCUUCAGUGGCAGCAUCUGCAUUUUCUUUUUGGUCUCCAUGGAAGAGCCUUCAACCAGAUGUUACACGGCCAUAGAGUCACUGAUUUUUUGAGAGCAUGGGAACUGGCCCCUUCAUGGCAAUGGUUUAUGGGCCUAUGAGUUGGACGUCAUGAUUUCUCAUUGUGUUGGAUGACUAUUGCGGGCAGGCCACAUCUUUUUCUUUGGAAAAGGGCAGAAUUCUUAAAAUACUUCUGUGAGGUAAAAUUAUUUAUAUAGAUGUGAAGUUGUGUUGUACAUAUAGAGCUCUAAUACAUGCUACAAUACCAAACUGCUUCAUGGAAAUCACAUGAUUGUAAUGGAACUGGUUUAAAGAAAAGGAACUUCAGGGCAGAAGCAAUUGCAUUUUGUGAUGAAAAUUUGCACAAGGUUAUAGAAAUGUAUUAUUCCAUAA